CAAUAGUCAGGACAUUAUUCAUUUAUUCGAUACUUCGAUUAUUCAAUUGACAAUUUUUGAUAAUUUACUUCACUUUGCUAAACUUCCUCAACUCGCGCCCUGCCGUCUUGCACUCUUCCAAGUUCCGCUAGUUUUUAGCGAUUGCCGAAAAUUUAAAUAAUCAAUACUUAGUACAAACUAUCCGCGUAGUAUGUGUAUUGAACAGGUAUUUCCUAAUCACUGAUUUCCAACAAUAUCGGUUUUCGAUCUAUUAAGCCGUAACUUGCAAUCCAGAAUUAUGAAGUCAUCAAAUAAUAGUAAGACAAAUAUAGAUGAUAUAAGCAGAGAAACUCAACGACUGAUUAGUGAUAGCCAUGUGCGUUUACCAUAUCACAAACCAAAACAAAAGUCAUUAAAAGACUUCCUUAACAGACAGAAACAAGCAACCGAGUAUCAUGUAUCUAUAACAGGUUCCAAAAAAUUACUACAUAAAGCAUGGGAAUUGAUAGAAAAUAAAGAACAAACUGUUGAAAAAUUUUAUAAUGAAGAGAGUGUUCAAGAAGAAAACAAUGAAGAAGUAGCUUUGGAUAAUAGUAAUACUCAAGCAGAAAAUAAUUUUUCUUUAAAUGAUAAAAACUAUGACAAAGAGAUUACUUUAAAUGAGAACCAUAACAAUAGUUUAUCUGAAUUUAAUGACGAUGAAGAAAAUUAUGACACUAACUCAAUCAUAGAAAGUGAAUUAUCAUCUGAAGAUGAAGCAAUUGAUGAUGAUGAAGAUAAUUCUAGGCAAGGGAAAAGUUUGUGUACAGAAGAACCUCUUACUGAAGAUGAAACAGAGAAAGACACUGAAGACAAAUUAAAAAGAAAUAUAGUUAAAACAUUCAUUGAUGAUGAAGCAGAGUCGUCUGAAUUAGAUUGUAGUUCAGAUGAUGAAGACAAUCGGUCUAAUAAUUUUAAUAAUGAAUCAGGAGAUGAAGAAGACUGUGAUAUAGAAUUUUCUAAAAAUAAGAAACGUAGAUUAGUUUUAUUAUCAGAAAGCAGUGAUGAUGACAUGGACACUAGAGAUGAAAAUCAUUCAAACACAGAAAUUAAAUUAAUACCAAAUUUAUCACCUUUAUUUAAUGAUUCUGAAGCUAUUGCCUCUACACAACAACUGAUGGGUUUUUGUUCUGGACAAUUCCAAUCCCAACAAUUGGAUGCUAAGGAAGGUUAUAGUCAAGAAGUAGAUGAUUUUGAAGAUAAUUUUGAUUCUGAAGUAACACAAAACGGCGCUGAUAGUAUUUUAAAUGAAGAUGAUGCUGAUGAUAAUGUAUCUCUCAAACUAGUUUCAGCUAAAGACUUUUUUGUUGAUGAAGCUUCACAAAACGACGCUGACAGUAUUACAAAUGAAGUUGAUGCUAAUGAUGAUGCGUCUCUUAAACUGGUUUCAGCUAAAGACUAUUUUGAUGAUGAAGCUACACAAAACGACACUGACAGUAUUACAAAUUCUCUCAAACUAGUUUCAGCCAAAGACUAUUUUAAUGAUGAAGUUUCACAAAACGACGCUGACAGUAUUACAAAUGAAGAUGAUGAUGUAUCUCUCAAACUAGUUUCAGCUAAAGACUAUUUUGAUGAUGAAGUUUCACAAAACGACGCUAACAGUAUUACAAAUGAAGACGAUGCUGAUGAUGAUAAUGUGUCUCUCAAACUAGUUUCAGCUAAAGACUUUUUUGAUGAUGAAGCUGAGUUAUCUGAAUCAGACUGGAGUUCUGAUGAUGAAGAUAGAUUAGUUGGUUUAAAUGACAAAUUAGAAGAAGAAGAAGGUGACAAGGAUAAGCUAGAUGAAAAUAUUGUUAAAGAUGGAUUAGACAAGAUAUAUAUGCGCCAACUUUUGGACGAUGAUAAGCAGCAAGUAACUGCACUCAAAGAAAUGCUUCUUGAAGAUGGUGAAUUAUAUUCAGAAUCUAACCGAAAAAGAAAAUUUCAAUGGGAUGAUGCUGAUCAAAAUGAUGUAAAAAGACCAUUAUUCUCAGACAAUGAAGAUGAUAAUGAAGAUGAUGUAUUAAGUGAUGAUGACAAAACGGAACAGUGGAGACAUGAACGUUUCAAGCGUGAAUCUUAUUUAUUAGAAAAAAAUAAAUACUCUGAUGAGGAAGAAAGCGAUGAAGAAUCAAAUAAUAUUUUACAGACAUCUAUAUCAGUUGUGAAAAAAACCCAUGUAGUGAAGUAUAAAAAUGGCAAAAGUAAGCUAAUAUCAAAAACAUCCGAUAGUGAAAAAAAAAAUGAAUCAUCGGAAAUAAAUGAAAAUACUGAUGAAACUGAUCCAAAUAGUCAAACUUUAAGUACAAAUUCAACUGAUACAAUUAAAACAAAUAAAAUAACAACCAAUGAUUUUGCUGACCUCCAACUUGUGAACAUAAUCACAUCAAAACAUAACAAAUGUAUAAAAGGAUCAUUCAUGAAACGGACUGGUGACAAGUUGACUAAUACAUUGUUGUUCGUAAAUAAAAAAACAACUAAUAAUGAUGGCCCAAACCCUAAAAAGUAUGAAGAAAAGAGAGAAAUGAAGUCAUUGAGUACAAUCACAGCCACUGCUACCAGUAAUCCAUUUGCGUAUUUGAUGAGAAAUGACAAAAAAAAUGAAAUUGGUGUUGAUUUAAUGAAAAUAGAGAAAACAGAUAAUACUAUCAAUCUUAGUAAAACAUCUAUGAGUGUUAAAACAACCUCACAGCUUCAUCAAGAGAAAAUUCAACAAACAGCCAAACUCAACAAAUCAACCAACAGCAUAUUGAAACAAUUUGAAUAAUGAACAUGUAAUUUAUAUUUAUGUAUUCAGACAGUAACAGGCUAAGAUAGUACUUUAAUCUUAAAUUUUGUAUAUAAUCAUGUUUAUUUAUGUUUUUAUUAUUUCAAGAUAAUUUAAAUUUAUUAAACUACACCAAAAUGUUUUACAAAACUAAGUACACUUAAUUUGUAAUUAUAUUUAAUAUCAUUAAUAAAUUAAAAUUAUUUAUGUUUAUAAAAUUUAAAUUUUGUUGUUUAAGUUGAAAAUAUAUUAUCAACUUAAGUAAAAAAACUGUCAAAUCUAAACAAUACAGUUUGAUUAGAAACAAGUGUAGCAAUAAUUUAAAACUGUAAAAAUGUCUUGUUUGUUUUUCACCCAG